CCCAAUUCGCCCGCCAUGGCCGACCAAACGCCCACCUUCCACGCCCAGGAUGCGCUCGCAAACACGGCGAGCACGACCCUCCAACUGACGGCCGUCGGCGCCAUCGUAGCCGGUGUGCAGAACACCCUACGCAAGCAGAAUGUCGGAGCCAUGGGCAUCAUCACCCGGUCGGGAGGCAUAAUUGCCCUGUACGCCGGAGUGGGAGCCGCAUACCAGUUCACAAAAGACGCGACUAGCAACUUGCGACAGAAGGACGACUGCUACAGCGAGGCCGUUGCGGGAUUCGUAGGAGGCAUGGGUCUCGGCGUCUACAAGCGAAGCCUUCCAUUCAUGCUCGGUGCUGGAGCUGCUACCUCCGUCGCCAUGACUGCAUUCCGCUACACCAACGGCUGGAGGGGCGCAACAGCAGAGACAGAUGAGGAGGAGGUCGAGCGCAGGGAGGCUGCAAAGAAGUUACGCAGGCGGCCACUCUCCGAAACCAUUGAACAGCUGGGCGAGGGUCGAGGAAUCUAUGCGCCUGGCCACGAAGAGAGGAGGCGACAGCGGUUGAUGGACAAGUACGGCAUCGAUGUCAAGGCCGCGCAGGAGACAAGCUAGAUGCACCGAUUCGCCAUUUUCUUAUAGUUCAGCAGCCAAUGGUCCACCUCGAGUCGUCCAUAGAGGACCUCCGGCCAGUUCAGACUCGUGUAUGUAUAUAUCAUCCAAAGUGCGUUGCCCAUUGCUUCCAGCUGUGCCCUAUAUUUUGCGGGUACGUUGCAGUAUCGUCCAGGAUAGCGUGUGCAGGCGAGAACACCAGUAUCCAAAUUUCUUACCAGCACAACGCAUGCAUUGAAUGUUCCGGCACGCUCUUCGCA